AUGACUAUUUGCGCAAUUGAAUUUGUCUUGAAGCGGUGUACCGAGUUGAAUGAUCGCGUUUUGAAGACUUUCAGAUGUCUCAUUGCGGAUCUUUGCGAACAAUUCAGGGGUGGACACCCAGGAAGUGCCAUGGGUAUGGCAGCUAUCGGCAUUGCUUUAUGGAAGUACAUGAUGAAGUACUCACCAACAAAUCCUGACUUUUUUAACCGAGACCGGUUUGUGCUCUCAAAUGGCCACACUUGUCUCUUCCAGUACACAUUUCUCCACCUUGUUGGAUAUGAACAUAUGACUUUCGAACAACUAAAAACCUACCACUCCUCGCGAACAGACUCUUUCUGCCCCGGGCAUCCCGAAAUCGAACAUCCUGGGAUUGAGUUGACUACGGGGCCUUUAGGUCAAGGUGUUGCGAAUGCCGUUGGGCUGGCUAUGGCUACAAAGCACUUGGCAGCUACAUACAAUAGGCCGGAAUAUCCAGUCGUGAACAACAUCACCUGGUGUAUGAUUGGAGAUGCGUGUCUACAGGAGGGUGUUGCUCUCGAGGCCAUUUCACUUGCUGGGCAUUGGAAACUCAAUAACCUGGUCAUGAUCUACGACAAUAACCAAAUCACUUGCGACGGAUCCGUUGAUCUAUGCAACAAUGAAGACAUCAACGCGAAAAUGUUGGCUUGCGGAUGGAAUGUAAUAAAUGUCCCGAACGGCAAUCAUGACAUCGAGGGCAUCGUCCGAGCACUUGUUUCCGCAAGGAAUAGCAAAGACAAGCCAACUUUGGUCAAUAUCCGGACCGUAAUUGGAAUCGGAAGCAAGUCUGCAGGCGAUGCUAAAGCACACGGAGCCGCGUUUGGUGCUGAAGAUGUUGCCAGCAUCAAGCGAAAGUUCGGUAUGGAUGAGACAAAGCACUUCCAAGUGUCCGACGAGGUCUACGACUUUUUCCGGGAAGCCAAACCUCGAGGCAGGCAACUUGAGGCCGAAUGGAACAAUUUGGUGGAUUCAUAUGCACAAACUUACCCAGAACUUCACAAAGAAUUUUCUCUGCGAGUAGCUGGAAAGUGUACAGAUGAUUGGACGAAAUUCAUCCCUGCCAAGAGUGAUCUUCCUACAAGCCCAAUAGCCUCAAGAAAAUCAUCAGGAUUGGUCUGUAAUCCUCUGGCCCAGAACAUCAAGAAUUUCAUGGUGGGCACAGCCGAUCUCUCACCUUCCGUGAACAUGAUCUGGAAAGGCAAGAUCGACUUCCAGCACCCAGACCGGCGCACUUCUUGUGGGAUCCAUGGCGAUUACUCCGGACGGUACAUCCAUUGGGGCGUCCGGGAACAUGCAAUGGCAUCAAUAUCUAACGGUUUGGCAGCUUUCAACAAAGGCACCAUUAUCCCGGUCACAUCAUCAUUCUUCAUGUUUUACACAUACGCCGCGCCAGGUAUCCGAAUGGGCGCCUUGCAACGUCUGCAGCAGAUCCACAUUGCAACCCAUGACUCGAUUGGCACCGGCGAAGAUGGCCCCACACAUCAACCUAUCGAACUGGCAGCUCUAUAUCGUGCUAUGCCAAACCUCUUAUAUAUCCGACCCGCCGACGGCGAAGAGACAGCUGGUGCAUACAUUGCUGCAAUGAAGGCUACUGAUACACCGAGCAUGAUCUCCUUGUCGAGACAAGAUUUGGAACAAUAUCCGCAACACUCGUCUCGUGAUGGCGUACAACAGGGCGCGUAUGUCCUCAUGGAGAAGGCCAACGCAGAUGUGACCCUUAUUGGCGUUGGGGCUGAAAUGGUCUUUGCUGUCAAGACUGCCCAGCUUCUUGAAGAUAAAUUUGGAUUGAAGGCUCGCGUUGUCAGCUUCCCAUGCCAAAGACUGUUUGACCAACAGCCGAUUGAGUACAAACGUGAAGUGUUGCAAUAUAGGAGCAAUGCGCCUCGAGUAGUGGUUGAGGCAUAUGCUGCUCAAGGAUGGGAGAGGUACGCCGAUGCAGGAUACUCGAUGCAUUCAUUUGGACACUCCUUACCAGGAAAGGAUGCAUACCGAUACUUUAGAUUUGACGAGAAUUUGAUUGCGCCAAAAGUGGCUGAAUUGGUGAAGGGGGUGAGAUCCAACGGAAUCGAGAGCUUGAGAGCUGCUGGACACACGCUUUCGCACAGCAUCUGUGAUCUCGAGGAUCAAUCGAAGACGGUUUUCCAGUGA